AUGGCUGCAAAUUUUGAUUGGUUCCGUCAGACCGUGGACAGACUAGCUGUCAGUGAUUCCCGGCGGGAGUUGCUGUCAGAACUUAAGGUUGCUCUUUGUGGCCUGAGUGCCAGGGAUUUGUCUUCUGUUGCUAAUCUUCUUCCUCUAGCGCCUAUUUUUGACUCCGUCAACACCACUGAAAAGGACCAGUUGGAGUUGGCAUGUGAUGUGCUUGGAAAGCUUAUGGGAGCUUUGGAACCGAGUACUGUCCUUGCUCAGUAUGGACCGCAAAUUCAGCGUACUCUGAUGCACCCAGCCCCUCGAGCUAAGGAACUUGUUCUCAGAGAGUUGGAUCGAGCUGUGACCAGCCAUGUACAGAUGGUAGAACGGUUGAGUGCAGAACAAGAUUUACUUGUUUGCAUAAUUGAUUGUUUGAGUCUUGAAGAAAUGUCUGCUGCAAGAUAUGCUAUCUCUUUGAUGAAAAGUCUCGGCUCAUGUCCAGUGGGUUUAUCAGCUUUAUAUUCUCCGAUAACUAUGCAAGCUCUUCAGGUGGCUAGCAGCAAAGGAGAUAUAAUACGAUUCAGAGUCUAUGAGGUUGUGGUGGCUGUUUCAGCACAAAGUGAUGAAGGACUGAAAGCCAGUCAGAAUAGCGGCUUCUUAAGAGCUUUGUUCUCUGAGCUCCGAGGAGAUGAUAUUUUAGCUCAACUGAAUGUGUUGGAAAUGACCACAGCUCUUGCCCUGCAGCAGCACAGUCUUGUAUUUCUAGAUGAGCAAGGCAUUCUUGACUUCCUCGCAGAAAAACUGACCAACUCUGAGAAUGAUCCACUGUCUUCUUUCUUAAUUCCAGGCCUUAUAAAGUUCUUUGGAAAUGUUGCUCAAUCAAGACCAGACGAAAUGGUGAAAAGAUUCCCCACCUUGGUUUCCAUGAUGUUUGAAACUUUAGAAGCAAGUGACAUGGCAGUGUUGGGAACUGGAAUGGAAACUUUAGGAUUCAUCGCCACCACACUGAAAGGAAAAUACAUGCUGCAAUCCCAAGGAUCUAAAAUACCUGAAACUCUGCGUAGAAUGGUUCAAAAGCUACCAACUUUGCCCACAGACGUAAAAGUUCGAUUAUUAAAUAGUAUAUCCAACAUUUUACAAUUGCAGGUGGCUGAUCAAAAUAACCAAUCUUUAUCAAUGACUAAGCGUUGGUUUGAAGCUCUAUCCCCAACACCUAUGGACUUUGUCAUGUCUCUUUGUCGUCAACCAUUCCCAGAGAUAAGGCUCGCUGGUUUUCAACUUUUACAUGUCCUUGCCACUAACCCCUGGGGCCAGGAGUACAUUGUGCGAGCACCUGGAUUUGUUGAAUACCUAAUGGAUCGUUCAACUGAAAGUCUGAAGCCAUGCAAAGAUGCUAAAUUUGAUGUGGUGCGUAGUUUAGUAACAAGCCCCUCUUCUUCCUCUGUUAUGAACCCAGAUGUCUUGGAGCAGCUUAAAGACUUUAUGAAUCAAGGAGAAUUUUAUACUCGUGGCGAGACGGAAGUAGCUAUUGAAGGAGCAUCAUGAUCCAUUCCAAUUAUUUUCUUCACACUGUACACACUGCCAACAGAAUUCUGAAGUCAAGGGAGGUGUCUAUACAUGGUGUUUACACUUCCCUAUGCAGUUUUAUAACUCUAUAAUCAUCACUCUGUGUUCUUUCAAUAUUUUAAGUAUUGGUUCAAUUGAUUGGCUUAGUCAACAUAUGUCUGUAAUGUGUGAAAUAACAUUAAAGAAUGUAGGGAAAAUUUAAA